AUCCCGAGCUGCGCGUCCUUCCACCACUUGUUAUUUUACACCUUGGCCGCAGCCUGCAGGUGCCGUGAAUAAAUCGUUUCAUCCUUUUUUUUCUUCCUUUUCUUAUUCUGGUGGCCAGCCUGUCAUCCCUGUUGCACCGGCGUGCCUUUCCUCUAUUUGCAUUUUUUCUCUUCUUCGUCUUCCUGCCGGGGAAACAAUAGUUUCUCCCAGCCGUAAAGGGGAAUCAUGACCACGGCGAAGGAAGGCAACGCUCCGUCGAAAACGGCUCACCAGCAAGAACAGGAGCUGGUGGGCAGUAACCCUCCGCAGAGGAACUGGAAGGGAAUAGCGAUCGCCCUUCUUGUCAUUCUGGUCAUCUGCUCGCUGAUCGUCACCUCCGUCAUCCUGUUGACACCAGGUGAGGACGACCGCCUGGCUCUGAAAGGGAAGGUGUCCGUUGGAGACCUGUUUAGAAAAGACUUCAAGGUGCAUGACCCCAACGCCAAGUGGAUAAGCAGUAACGAGCUGCUGUACCGUAAUCGUGAUGGCGAUGUCGUCAAGUUUAACGUCGACACGGACGAAAAGACCAUCUUGGUGCAUAACAAGAAGUUUGAAAUGUAUAAAGCCAGCAAGUAUGAGGUGUCUCCUGACAUGAAGCAUGUGCUGCUGGCCUACAACGUUGCACCGGUGUAUCAGCAUUCUUACACAGCCUUCUACAUCAUCUGCAGUCUGGAGACUCCGGAGACGUGGAACUUGAACCCUCCGGAGGUGCGAAACGCUCAGCUUCAGUACGCAGGCUGGGGACCCCGGGGACAGCAACUGAUCUUCAUUUUUGAGAACAACAUCUACUACCGGUCGACAGUGGAGAGCCGCUCCAUUCGUCUGGUCUCUACUGGAAAGGAAGGGGUCAUCUUCAAUGGGCUCAGUGAUUGGCUGUAUGAAGAGGAGAUUUUCCAGUCCCACAUUGCUCAUUGGUGGUCUCCAGAUGGUGCCAGGUUAGCGUACGCCACCAUCAAUGACACCCUGGUGCCCAGGAUGGAGCUGCCCAUGUUCACAGGAACACCUUACCCCAUGGGGAAGGAGUACCACUACCCUAAGGCCGGUGAAGAGAACCCGGUCAUCACUCUGUACGUCGUGAACCUGAACGGCCCUCUUCACACCAUCGAGAUGAGGAGGCCUGAUGAUCCCAGGAUCGGUGAGUACUAUGUGACCAUGGUGAAAUGGGCCACUUCAACCAAACUGGCCAUCAACUGGCUGAACAGAGCCCAGAACAUCUCCAUCCUCACGCUGUGUGAGGCCACGACGGGAGUGUGCACAAAGAAACAUGAGGAUGAGAGUGAAAGAUGGCUGCACAGACAGAAUGAGAAGCCUCUGUUUUCCAAAGAUGGGCUCAAGCUGUUCUUCAUUCGUGCCAUCCCGCAAGGAGGAAGGGGGAAGUUCUUCCACAUCUCCAUGUCUAUCUCACAGCCCAACACGAGCACGGACACACUGCAGUCCAUCACGUCUGGAGACUGGGACGUCACCCAAGUCCUAGCCUACAACGAGGAGAGCCAGUUGAUAUACUUCUUGAGCACUGAGGACGGUCCAAAGCGAAGACAUCUGUACAGUGCGGACACGUUUGGUUCAUUCAACCGCCGCUGUCUGUCGUGCGCCCUGACUGACAGCUGUGGAUACAUCAGCGGCUCCUUCAGCCUCAACAUGAGCUACUUCCUGCUCAACUGCCAAGGCCGGGACAUCCCGUUUGUUUCCGUUUACAAGACACAGAGAGGCACAGAGAGCGAGACGCAGGACAGAGAGAGUAUCGCAGAAGUCUACAAACUGGAGACCAACGAGAACCUGAGGCUGACCCUGGACUCCAUGCAGAUGCCCACGAUCGAGUACAAGGAGAUCAUCAUGGACGACUACACCUUGUCAUUGCAGAUCCUCAAACCUGCCAGCUUCAUGGAAGCGUCACACUACCCUCUGCUCCUGCUUGUAGACGGGACGCCUGGUGGCCAGAUGGUGUCGGAGCGCUUUAGCUUGGACUGGGCCACGGUGCUGGUGAGCAGCUUCGGCGCUGUGGUUGUGCGCUGUGACGGCCGAGGGAGCGGCUUCCAGGGGACAAACCUGCUGCAUCGCAUCCAGAAGCAGCUGGGCGUGUACGAGGAGCAGAACCAGAAGGACGCGCUCAAUUUCCUUUUGAAAGAGGCCUACAUUGACAAAACCAGAGUUGGAGCUUUUGGAAAGGUGUACGGAGGCUUUGUGACCAGCUUGUUGGUCAGUGGCGAGGAUUCGCCCGUGAAGUGUGGUGCUGUUCUUUCACCCAUCACCGACUUUGAAUUAUAUGCCUCUGCGUUUUCAGAGAGAUAUCUGGGACUGCCUAAACCUGAUCCAAGAGCGUACACGAUGGCAAAUUUAGCCCACAGAGCGUCUCAGUUCAUGGAUAAGAAGUUUCUCAUUAUCCAUCCGACAGCUGAUGAAAAAGUCCAUUUCCAGCACACAGCAAAAUUCAUCUCCCAGCUCAUCAAUGAAAAAGCCAACUACACCUUACAGAUCUACCCAGAUGAAGGCCACUUCAUCCACAGCGAAGCAACAAGGCAGCACCUCAGCCAGUCCCUGGUGAACUUCUUCGAGGAAUGCUUCAGACUACCAGAGAUCGUGUUUGAGGAGGUGCUGGAAGAGGAGAGUGAAGACGAGGGUUAGCUUGGCCUCCUGAGGCUUCUGUGCACCCCAGAAUUUUUCCCACCCAUGCGUUUUUUCGAUUACCUGAACCUCCAUCCUGUCCCUGUGCUCCAGCACAACCUCAAGCAUACAGUCGUCCACAAUAUGCAACUCUCACCUGUCGUUGCUCAGUUUGAUUUUGGUUUGCAUUUUGGGCUCCCUGUGUCCGCAUGCUGAACCGGAGACUGCCUUUCCAGCAGACGGCCGAUCUAUUUCUACAUCCGUCCUCCCAUCCUCUGCCCUGAGUUUAAAACUUUAAGGCCCUGCAGAGAGCCGACAAAGACCGAAGAGCUAACGUGAUGUUUUGGAAUAUACUGAUUGAUAAAACAUGGUGGUCUCCUCCACAGCAGGAUGGACCAGCUCCUUAAAAAGCAGAAGGAAGCAUCUGCUCUCACACAGACUUUUCAGAUGUGAGGGGAAAAAAAACCUUAUAGCACAUAACUCGUGGGCUUGUAUAUUAUUGAAAAACAGACGCCUGGUGAAAAAAACACUGGUUGCCAGUGUUCAUAACUGCGUGUCUGGAAUUGUGCAGAUUCCAGAAAUGUAACUAUUUUUAAAGUCGUGAAGAACUUUCAUGUUGGACUGUGGUUGUGUCUGUUGUUCUUACAGUAUGUAAAAUAGCACACGAACAUUCACUCGGCUCUUACGGAUAUAUUUUCUUUUCAGUGUUCAUGUUCGCCCGAUGUUCGUUUCAUCUCGUAGCUUUAUUUCAUGUUUUUUUUUUUUUUUCAGAUUCGCUGCAGAAACUCUGUGACAGGUUAACUGUUUAGAAGAUGAAAUGUGUCAUUGGUUUCUCAAAGUUCAUUUUAGACGGUUUUACUGUGAAGCGUCAAUUUUAACAAAUAUCUUUAAAAAAAAAAACAGAGCAUUACAUUGUUUUAGUCACUGUGCCUUACUUGGUCAGAAACAUCCUGCUGCAGGACGACACUUAUGAACCACUAUGACGCUAAUUUUAUCGAAAUAGUUUGACAUUUUGGGAAAAAAACUUUUAUUUGCUAUCAUGUUGACGGAUAAGAAGUUCAUCAUCUCUUUGGUCUUGAUUUUUAACAUAACAAUAUAGCUAGCAGCUGGCUAGCUUGGCUUACAGGUUUGAAAAUUGGUUAGCUUGGCCGUUAGCUUAUACUAAGCAAGAACUGCCUGUUUGCUCUGACUUUAACCAGUCGUACAUUUUACUGUAUUAUCACAAUUUUAUCCUAAAUUGUUCUUAUUCUUGUUUCAUUCAGAGGUUAUGACCUGGACUAUUUUUUUGGCCUGUUUGCCGUGUCUAUGCUAGGCUAAGCUAAGCUAAACUAACCAUUUCCCUGGUUUUAGCUUAAUAUUUACGGAAAGGUAUAUUUUUUCACCUAAUCCUUUACAAGAAAGCUAAUAAAUGAGUUUCCCAAAAUGGCAGCUAUAUUCAAAAUGUAAUAGCUAGUACAUGUGGUUAGCUACUAUAAAAAGGCUAAUAUUUGAUUUUUGACCUGCAAGGAUUUUGAACUUUCAAAAUUAGAAUUCUCUGGUGAAAUAGCCCAAAUCAUUACAACUUACUAAAAUGUACAGAAUCUGCAUGCAUCAAUGCUUAUACAAUGUGUAAGAAAGGUAGGUGAAGACACUUAUAACCAGUACAGAAACUGAAGUGUUAGAUAAUGAGAGUGCUCUCACUUUACUCUUGACUGGCUUAAUUGAGAGAAUACAUUGAUUAAAGGUCACAUAUUAUACAAAA